CCUUGUUUCUUGCAAUGCCUCGCGCAUGGCGAUCGUGGAGUUGCACCCGGUGCCAAAAACAAUUAUCACGGAAACAACAGCUGCUCCGCCGACAUCGAGAAUCCGGCCAUUCUUUGCCGCCUUAUACAAGUGCAAACGCGAGGGCGCUUGGUUUAAAGCACUUGAUCUCCUUCAAGAAGCUCGCGUCCGAGGUUUGCAGUUUGAAGUGCCGUUGCCCUCAUGCCUUGCGCUGGCCUCUUGCGCCUCCAGUAAGGUUGGCGGUUCAGGACCCAUCGGCACACCAUUGCCACGAAUUCGUGGUCAAAGUAAGGGCGGUCAUUGGAGGUGGUCAGUGAACAUCCUUCGUUCCAUGCAUCAAGCUUGCCUUGAGGCAAACCUCUUUGCUUGGAGCGCCUGUGUGUCAGCCUGUGAGAAGGCACAGCUUCGUGAAUGGGCUGCGUGGCCAGUGGGUUUGGAGUUUCUUCUUCGGGCGGAGCUUGAGGGCUGUGGCCUGGAUCAGGUGGCCUUGAGUGCAGCGAUGGCAUGUUGCGAAAAAGCAAGAGGACAAUGGUGCAGAGCUCUUGACCUUUUCCAAGAUAUGCCCAAUAGCUUUGUAGAAGCCAACGUCGUCAGCCUUGGAGCUGCCGUCAGCAGCUGUGAGAAGGGCCUUAGUUGGGGCCCUGCAUUUGAGCUACUUGGUUCUGCAAAACAGCGGGGUCUGCAGCCAAAUACAAUAGUCGUCAAUGCUGCCAGCUCGGUCUGUGAGAAGUUCCAGACCUGGGAGGUGGCUUUGGAACUUCUUGGUCCAGACUCCAGCGCCGUGUCCUUUGGUGCAACCGUGGGCUCUUUUGAAGCAGGCUUCUGGUUCUGGAGCAUUCAGCUCUUGACCCAAAUGGCGCAGCAGACUCUGCAGCCCCUGGUGUCGACCUGGAACUCUGCGCUGGCGUCCUCCGCGGCCAAGUGGCAAUGCGCCUCUGAACUUUUAGGACAGCUGCCUGCUCCGGAUGCCUUGAGCCUGGCCAGCGCUAUCACGGCUUUGGCAGGAGGUGUGAAGUCUCCGGUGUCUUCCGAGGUGCCGUUGAUGAUCCUGGGCAGAAUACACAAAAAGCUUCGAAAGUUUCCCGGAGAUCACAGUGGCUGUGAUGCUGAAGUUAUACAAGCCGCAGGACGUGUUGGCCAUUGGCACCUAGCGCUGCAGAGCUUCCUGGAUGCUGGCGAGGCAGCAAAGCACCUGCCAAUGUCACGUAUCGCAGGCAAAAAGAGAAAGAAUGAAUGCCAAUAGGCAAUGAAGCAAUCGGUGCAAUGCGGACAAAGCUAUACGCAGAAACGUUUCUUGCCGUGGGAGAAGUCGAAGAAGAUUGGGUGACUGCAGACCUGGGGGCAGCAUGCAUUCGACUUUUGUCCUUUUGGUGAGGAAUUCAAAGAGCCUCUUUGCUGUGGAGCCAAGCAGCAUGGUCUUGUGAGGCCUCAUGGCAACCUGGAGCGUGGCCUUUGCCCGAGGCUUUGGCCAAGUCUGAAGUGCUUCUGCCUCUCUAAAAGUUGAGCGCCCACCAGUAUUGAACCGUCGAUUGGCUGCACCUGCACCUCAAGCCUAGAAGCUCGCCUGGUUGAGC